AAAGCAACGUAUUUCUCACUCGCCAAAGAAAACUUUCCCUCUUUUUUUCCUUUCUGUCUUCAAAAUCGCUGUGGCCAAGCCCUGACAAGACAUCCCACCCAUCUGCAAGCCAGCCUGAGCACCAGCAGCACGUGAGGCAGCCCAGGCCGUCCCGGUGAGCACACGGAGAUGCCAGAUGCUGCAGCUCACCUGCCCUUUUACUACGGCAGCAUUGCCAGGGCAGAAGCCGAGGAGUACCUCAAGCUGGCGGGGAUGUCGGAUGGGCUGUUCCUGCUGCGGCAGUGCCUGCGCAGCCUGGGGGGCUACGUCCUCUCCAUGGUCUGCAACCUCCAGUUUUACCACUACGCCAUCGAGCGCCAGAUGAACGGUACCUACGCCAUCGUGGGGGGCAAAGCGCACUGCGGGCCGGAGGAGCUCUGUGAGUUUUACUCCAAGGAUGCUGACGGGCUCUGCUGCACCCUGCGCAAGCCCUGCAACCGCCCCACUGGUGUGGAGCCCCAGCCCGGUGUUUUCGACAGCAUGAGGGAUAAUAUGGUGCGGGAAUACGUCCGGCAGACGUGGAAACUCGAGGGGGAUGCACUCGAACAGGCCAUCAUAAGCCAGGCUCCACAGGUAGAGAAGCUCAUUGCCACCACAGCCCAUGAGAGGAUGCCCUGGUACCAUGGCAGCAUCACUCGGGACGAAGCUGAACGGAGGCUCUACUCAGGGGCACAACCUGAUGGGAAGUUUUUGCUGAGAGAAAGGAAGGAAAACGGCACCUAUGCCCUCUCCCUUGUCUAUGGCAAAACCGUGUAUCACUAUCGGAUAGACCACGACAAGUCCGGCAAGUACUCCAUCCCAGAGGGGACCAAGUUCGACACGCUCUGGCAGUUGGUGGAGUACCUGAAACUCAAACCGGACGGGCUGAUUUUCUACCUGAGGGAAACCUGCCCCAACCCCAACAUGCCAGCAUCUGCAGCACCAGUUCCACCAACCCAUCCCUCUGUGAGCAGACACCUGGGGCCUCUAAAUGCAGACGGAUACACGCCAGAGCCUGUAGGUGCAGGAAAGUCGCGCCUGCUACCCAUGGACACCAGUGUCUACGAGAGCCCGUACAGUGAUCCCGAGGAACUGAAGGAUAAGAAACUCUUCCUGAAGAGGGACCAUCUGAUGAUCGACGAAGUGGAACUGGGGGCAGGAAACUUUGGCUGCGUCAAGAAGGGAGUUUACAAAAUGAGAAAGAAGCAGAUCGAUGUGGCCGUAAAGGUGCUGAAGAGCAACAAUGAGAAAACAGUGAAAGAUGAAAUGAUGAAGGAAGCCCAGAUCAUGCAUCAGCUGGACAACCCCUACAUUGUCCGCAUGAUUGGGGUCUGCGAGGCGGAGUCCCUGAUGCUCGUGAUGGAGAUGGCUUCUGGAGGGCCGCUCAACAAGUUCUUGGCUUCCAAGAAAGACGAGAUUGCAGUCAGCAAUAUCGUGGAGCUGAUGCACCAAGUAUCCAUGGGGAUGAAGUACUUGGAGGAAAAAAACUUUGUCCACAGGGACCUGGCAGCCAGAAAUGUCCUGCUGGUUAACCAGCACUAUGCCAAGAUCAGUGACUUUGGACUCUCCAAGGCUCUUGGUGCCGAUGACAGCUACUACAAGGCCAGGACAGCAGGAAAGUGGCCUCUGAAAUGGUAUGCCCCAGAGUGUGUCCUCUACCACAAGUUCUCCAGCAAGAGUGAUGUGUGGAGCUAUGGUGUUACCAUGUGGGAGGCCUUCACCUAUGGGCAGAAACCAUACAAGAAAAUGAAAGGUCCAGAGGUUAUCAGCUUCAUAGAGCAAGGGAAGCGCAUGGAAUGCCCCACGGACUGCCCAGCAGAGAUGUACACCCUCAUGCAGCAAUGCUGGACCUACAGAUGGGAAGAACGUCCAGGAUUUAUUACUGUGGAAAACAUAAUCCGCUCCUACUACUACAGUAUUGCGAACAAGACAGAAAAUGGCUCAGAGACAGAGGACAAGUCAAAAGAAACUCUUCCUUGAGUUUCCUUCCCUGCUCCUCAACACGCUCCCUUCCCGCAUGGGACCUGGAAAGGCUCUUUGUGAAUUCUUGCUUUAAUCUCUCAAA